AUGGAAAAUGAGACAGUGAGUGAACUGAACCAAACACAGCUUCAGCCACGAGCUGAAGUGGUCUUAGAAUACCAAGUGGUCACCAUCUUACUUGUACUCGUUAUUUGUGGUCUAGGCAUUGUGGGCAACAUCAUGGUAGUCCUGGUGGUCAUGAGAACCAAGCACAUGAGGACUCCCACAAACUGCUACCUGGUGAGUCUGGCCGUAGCUGAUCUCAUGGUCCUGGUGGCUGCUGGCCUGCCCAACAUCACAGACAGUAUCUAUGGUUCCUGGGUCUACGGUUAUAUUGGGUGCCUUUGCAUUACUUAUCUCCAAUAUCUGGGCAUCAAUGCAUCUUCAUGUUCAAUCACAGCUUUUACUGUUGAGAGGUACAUUGCAAUCUGUCAUCCCAUCAAAGCCCAGUUUCUCUGCACAUUUUCCCGAGCCAAAAAGAUCAUCAUCUUUGUGUGGGCUUUCACAUCUAUUUACUGUAUGCUCUGGUUCUUCCUGCUGGAUCUCAAUAUUCACACAUAUAAAGAUGCGAUUGUGGUAUCAUGCGGUUACAAGAUCUCCAGAAACUACUACUCACCUAUUUACUUGAUGGACUUUGGUAUCUUUUAUGUUGUGCCCAUGAUCCUGGCCACUGUGCUCUAUGGGUUCAUAGCUAGGAUCCUCUUCUUAAAUCCUAUUCCAUCGGAUCCUAAAGAAAACUCUAAGAUUUGGAAAAAUGACUCAACCCAUCAGAACAAGAACUUGAAUUCCAAGUCCUCUAACAGAUGUUUCAACAGCACAGUAUCAUCAAGGAAGCAGGUCACCAAGAUGCUGGCAGUGGUGGUAAUUCUGUUCGCCCUUCUAUGGAUGCCCUACAGGACUCUAGUGGUUGUCAACUCCUUUCUCUCCAGUCCUUUUCAAGAAAAUUGGUUCUUGCUCUUUUGCAGAAUUUGCAUUUAUCUCAACAGUGCCAUCAACCCGGUGAUUUACAACCUCAUGUCCCAGAAAUUCCGUGCCGCCUUCAGAAAGCUCUGUCACUGCAAGCAGAAGCCAAUGGAGAAGCCCGCUAACCACAGUGUGGCUCUCAAUUACAGCGCCAACAAAGAGUCGGAUCAUUUCAGCACUGAGCUUGAGGACAUCACUGUCACAGACACUUACUUGUCGGCCACGAAGGUGUCUUUUGAUGACACUUGCUUGGCUUCCGAAGUAACCUUUAGCCAAAGUUGAUUCACAACUUGGA